AUGUCUCAACCUCCCUGGGCUCAGCCCCCUGGCUCAACUCACCAGCCGCAAUUGAGAAUCUAUAACUCCCUGACCCGGUCAAAAGUACCCUUCAUUCCGAUCCAGCCUGAGCACAUCUCAUGGUAUGCUUGCGGUCCUACUGUCUAUGACGACGCCCACCUGGGUCAUGCCAGAAACUAUGUCUCCACAGACAUCAUUCGUCGGAUUCUGCGGGACUAUUUUCACUUCAGUAUCAAGUUUAUUAUGAAUACCACCGACGUUGAUGACAAGAUAAUUCUGCGGGGAAGGCAAAGACAUCUCUAUGAUGAAUACAAGAAGCAGCAUAGAUACAUCGACGACCAAGUUCGGCAAGAUGUCCGGCAGGCGUGGCACUACUACAUUCAGAAAAACCUGAAAAGAAUAGGCCCGAAGACACUACUGACUCCUGAAACGUUCGACGGUGUAGUCGAACAGAGCUACGGAGAUAUCCUUGCCGGAGGAAGUCUGGAACCAGGCACCAAACCGGGGGAUAAGGAGGCAAAGAUCAAAAUGCACAUCACAACUGCCCGAACCACAGCAAAAGCCUUGAUGCAGGACCCAAAACUCCUUACACCACACGAGUUCUACAGCAGAGUUGCCGAUCCAAUGUACCUGGUCCUAGACGAACAACUUGGCAAGUCCAUUCGAGGUGAUGACUAUGCUGUCUUCACGAAGCUCACCAAGGAGUAUGAGCAUCGAUUCUUCCAGGAUAUGCACGAUCUAAAUGUGUUGGAUCCCGACGAGAUCGUUCGUGUGACCGAGCACGGCAAGGAGAUCGCUGAGUUCGUCAAGAAGAUUGUCGACAACAAAUUAGGUUACAGGACCGCCGAUGGUUCUGUCUACUUUGACAUCAAGGCAUUUGAGGCGGCUGGUUUCCCGUACGCGCGACUCGAGCCCUGGAACCGAAAUGACAAGGACCUCCAAGCAGAUGGCGAGGGCGCUCUUUCGCAAGCGGAUGAUAGCGUCAAGCGGUCCGAUGCAGAUUUUGCCUUGUGGAAAGCAUCGAAACCUGGUGAGCCUAGUUGGGACAGCGAAUGGGGCCCGGGUAGACCUGGGUGGCAUAUCGAAUGCUCAGCAAUGGCUUCUGGAAAGCUUGGAAGUCAAAUGGACAUACAUUCCGGAGGUAUUGACUUGGCGUUUCCACAUCAUGACAACGAGCUGGCACAAAGUGAAGCCUUCUGGGCUGACGGCCGUCAAAAACAGUGGGUCAAUUACUUCAUUCACAUGGGCCACCUGUCCAUAGCCGGGUCCAAGAUGUCCAAGUCCCUCAAAAACUUCACUACCAUUCGGGAAGCCCUGCAUGUGCGAAAAGAUUGGACAUCGAGGAGUCUGCGGAUCGUUUUCUUACUUGGUAGCUGGAAAGACGGUAUCGAAAUCACGGACGACAUGGUUCUAGAAGGUCGAAGUUGGGAGGAUCGAGUGGACAAUUUCUUCCUCAACGCGGUCGACAACAUCAACACCGCCAAGCAUACCACCAAUCAGAAUGGAGCACUCCAAGAUGUUCUACAAGACACAGAGGGAAGAGUCCGAGCUGCCCUCUUAGAUUCCUUUAACACGACUGCCGCCAUGGCCUCCAUCUCCACUCUGAUCAAUGCCUACAACAGUACCAAGAAGAUUGACCUCACUUACGAGGAUCAUAUCAGUACCGCGCGCUUUGUCACCCGCAUGGUCAACAUCUUUGGUCUCAAUGGCGAUACUCCUGCCGACUCUACAGCAAUAGGGUGGAAGGGCAUCGAGAUUCCCGACGCGGCAAAGGAAUUUGUCUACCCACUUGCGAAAAUAAGAGAUGAGCUACGUCAAGCCGCUAUUGCCAAAUCAAUCACAGCAGAGAAGGUCCAAAAGAUCGUCUCCAGUUCUCCUGAACAAGCAGACAUCCCUUCUAGCGGACGGCCCAGACCUUCAUACGCCCGUGCUUUGAGCGAGUUCAGCCGCAGCGCAUUAGAAGCAGCCGCACCGUCGGACUCGGUGGACCUCAAUAAGCAGAUCAUCGCUCUAUGCGAUCGUGUCAGAGAUGUAGAUCUCUGGCAGCUUGAUAUCUACCUGGAAGACCGCGAGAAUGCUCCCGCGCUCGUUCGGCCUGUGACCGAAGGACUCCGAGCUGCACGCCGCGAACGCGAAGACCGCGCUCGCCAGAAGGAAGAAGCGAAAAAGAAGCGCGAGCAAGAAGCACUAGAAAAACUGCAGAGAGGACGAGUCCCUCCGCACGAAAUGUUCAAGCCUCCCCACUCCAACGACUACUCCGCGUGGGACCCAGACGGCAUCCCGACGACAGCGAAGGAUGGCUCGGCGCUGACAGCAUCGAAAAUUAAGCGGCUGAAGAAAGACUGGGAGCUUCAGCGCAAGGCACACGAGAAGUACCUCUCUGCCGUGCAAAAUGGCGCGGCCGGACCCGCGGUUGCUUCGUCUCCAGCGCCUGAGGACGGGAGCAGUGGACCAGCGACUUAG